AUGGAUGUCCGGAAAAACCUCCUGCUUUUCCCCCUUGCCGUCGCGGGCUUGCAACUCGAGUUAAUGUCCCCUCAACCUCGCCUACUGGCCGUUGCGCUUGCGCUUUCGGGUCGGACGACAAGCUGGCGCACCGACGAGGCAAUCUCUGUCGCAACUCUCCUCGGAGUAGGCCUUGAUGAGGUCCUCACCGCUGACGACGAUGGAGAACAGAGGUGGCUAGCACUCCUUCCCGCCCUACAGAACCUCCUAAGUCCAAGCGUCAUCUUCAUGCGCGGGCCCAAAUUGACCUCCCCCGGCUUUCGCUGGGCACCAUCGACGUUUCUAGAUCUGGACAGAGAAACUGAACUGGCAUUCCUGACGCGGAGAGAGACGCAAGACGAACUGCCCUGGCAAAUUUCCAACAGGGGAGCAUUCGUUACGUUCCCAGGCCUGCUAUUCGGCGUAAUUCCCAAACCCCUCACAUCAACCUUCUGUUUCGAAUCCAAGGCCACCGCAAAGCGGUUUUGGGCAACCACCGGGCUUCGUCCCGACGGCAGAGCAAACUGGGAUAUCGCAAACAUUCCCACCGCACGGGCUAUGGACUUGUCAUGCAGCGGGUUCCUGACGAGAACUCUAAAAACGCCAGGGCGUUCUUGCUCGCUGACUGCUCAAUAG